UCUGAACCAGCACACGGAGACACAAUAACAUCCUGAUUUCAUAAAAAUGUAAACGCACCAGAAAUGGGAGCAGUUUAUUUUGACCCAUCGACCCCGGGAGCUGAGGCUGGGUAAAAAGGAGCGUCAACAAUUAAAUGUUCAACUUUUACAAAUAUUGUCCUCAUGUUCAGCUCUAUCUUACCAUCACAGUUCAAAAUAAGCCUUCUUUUUAUCAGACUGAAACAAGCCUCCCCUCAGAAAUCCAGUUUUCCUCUUACUGACAGCAGGAUAAGGACGGUGUUCCCACAUUUAUCCAGCCAUGUUUUCCAGCUCCUGUGGGAUCGCGUGCCAUCUCCAUCCCAGCAGGCUAAAACUGCCCAGCCCGCCUCACUGUGCUGAUUGGCUGACAGCAGCAGCAAAAUGGAUCCAUGAGUGUCACACACCGGAUCUGAGAGGACGGACAGUUUUGUCCGUCCUCUCAAACAGGAGACAGAAAAUAAACUGGUGUCUGUGAGGUCACAGUGAGGAGACUCGGCGAAGGUCACGAAACACGACCUUUACAACAAUAACAGAGCAUGAGACUGUGUGUGUGUGUGUGUGUGUGCUGAUAAUGAUGCCAUUAAAGCAGCAGGUGUAUUUAUAGCGCUGUCUGCAAAGGAGAACAUUGACCCUCUGAACGGGAGACGAAGAACGAUCCUCCCGCGCCGAUCGGCGCAUCGGGCGACAAGAGAACGCCAUCGAACUCGGUCCAUCGCGGCAGUUGCUGCUUCAUCCCAUGACAGCUUGGCCGAGCGUGAAUCUUCAAGGAACGUACUCCUCCAAGUUAUUUUGGGUCUUCCUCGCCGUCUCUUUCCAUUCCUCGGGUUCCACAGAACCGCGACACGGGUGGGUCUCGGGUCCGGUAGCCGAAGGAUGUGAGCGGCGAAUCUGAAACGGCGCUUGGUGACUUGGACGUGGAGCGGCUUCCUCGUUAGUAACGCGAUCCCGAUAUGUGAUCUUGAGCAGCCGUCGAAGGCAACGCUGUUGGAAGAUGUCGAAAUCAUUGUUGGGUCUGCGCCUCGCAGGCCUCGCUGGUUCAAAGACUCAUCACCCGUGAAGAAAGAAAGACAAACAGCUCAACUUGCUAGCAAGGGGAGCCUGGUCAGAUCCUCAGAGCAGCAGUGUGUGUGUGUGCAUGUGGGUGUUUUUGUGUGACUUCCUGCUGAUCGCAAAGGGUCACCUCCCCUCACCCUGCAUAUGACUCAACCCCUUUUUAACAGUCUCACCACACAGAAGCACAGCCUGGCGCUGCACCCGGAGCGCUCCCUGGUGGCGACGGGUCAGGUGGGCAAGGAUCCGUAUGUGUGUGUGUGGGACACCUUCACCGCCCAGACCGUGUCACUGCUGCGUGACGGACACACACACGGCAUCGCCUGCCUCGCAUUCAGCGCUGAUGGACAGCGGCUGGCCUCGGUCGGCCUGGACGCCAAGAACACGGUGUGUAUCUGGGAGUGGAAGAGAGGGAAGAUCCUGGCCACGGCCACGGGACACUCGGACAGGAUCUUUGACAUCUGCUGGGAUCCGUUUCAGCAAAGCCGCCUGGUGAGCUGCGGCGUGAAGCACAUCAAGGUAACGCAGAAAUCGUCGUUUUGUGCUCGUCUCCAGAAAUGUGGUGCGGGCUUUAAUUGUGAAGGUCUCGGCAGCUCUUCCGGUGCGGUGGUCGCUGUCGCGGUGCGUGUUGACGCAGCGGGUGCGUCAGGAGGAGAUGUUGUAGAGCAUCAUCGGAGCCGAGCCGCCCCAGUCCGUGUGAGUCCGGAUAACGGGACCCGCUCAUGCUCUGCCCGCCCCGCAGCACGCCAGCCCCAGAUCCAAGAAGCGAAGAGCAGCGGGGAAGAGCCCGGAGGUAAGAGAGGGGGAGGGCAGGGCGUGGAGGAGGAGAGCCUGUCUGUCAUCUGUCUGUAA